AAAAGCUUUCUGCACAGUUUAAUUCCUCACAUGAUUGCGGUAACAAUGGUAGUUAAUGCAUGAUUUGAAUCAUGAUCGAACGUGCUUUGUUUUGGUGGCACCUAUUGAUGCUGUGUAAAGUAGCAGAUUGCAAUGACCCCGAUGAACUCUUGAAGUCGUCUAUUCUGACGCAUGGUUACCCGGCACAACUCCACAAAAUAAUUACUGAAGAUGGCUACAUUCUUACUACGGCUCGAAUACCCAACCCCGGAAAGACGCCGCUUCUUAUCAUGCACGGUCUGUUUGGAUGCUCGGCGGACUUCACAGUUCAAGGUCCUAAAAAGGCUCUUGCCUUUCUAGCGCACGAUGCCGGAUUUGACAUCUGGAUGGCCAACAAUCGUGGAACAACUUACUCAAAGCGGCAUGAGUCACUGAAUCCGAAAUCCAGAGCUUAUUGGCGCUUCAGCUUCCACGAGUUGGGACUAUACGACCUUUCCGCCAACGUGGACUACAUUCUUAAAACUACUAAGCGAAGAAAACUCCAUUAUGUCAGUCACUCUCAAGGAUCGACCCAGUUUGUAGUUUUGACUUCACUCCGCCCUGACUACAACGAUGUCUUCAUCAGUGCUCACCUUUCGGCACCCGUGUGCUUUAUUCAUCACUCGACAACACCAGCGGUCGUUCUAACCAAACACCCGGACGAAAUAGAAGCCGCUUGCCGGCUCACCGGAAUGUAUGAAAUCAGCGGUCGCGGUAACGACUCCUACAUAGAUGCCAUCGUACGGGCUACUCAGAAAGGUGUCAUUCCGGUGGACCUCGUGCUCAUAAACGUUUGGUACGCGAUGGGCUUCCAUGAUUCCAUCAACCGAACCAUGUUUGUCGAUAUGCUCAAGUACACUCCCGCAGGUGGAUCUGUGUACCAACCGCUGCACUACAUCCAGUUGUAUAAUUCGAAGAACUUCCAGCAGUACGACUUCGGUUCGGUGGAGAACAUGAAACGCUACGGGAGUGCUCGACCCCCGGCGUAUCCGGUGCACAAAAUUACGACUCCAAUCUACGUGUACCAUGGGGAGUUCGACAACAUCAACCACCCUUUGGAUGUGAAGGCACUGACGGAUCGGCUUCCGAAUUUGAGACUGAAGUACAUGGUGCCCAUUCGGCGGUGGAAUCAUAUUGAUUUUCUGUACGCAAACAGCGCUCAUCGGCUGUACCAGAUGAUUCUGUCGAAACUACUCAACACUGCUACGGUAAUGUCGAACUGGUUAAGUUGCCUUCAACUGCUGCUGGCAGGAAAAGUUCUCGUUCGAGCAAUCGAUCCAAAUGAGUUUCUGAAAUCCACCAUCUCCCGACACAACUACCCGGUCGAGUUGCAUCCGGUCACUUCACCCGAUGGCUACCAUCUCACCAUGGCCCGCAUUCCAAACCCAAAUCGUCCGAUCCUCUUCCUGAUGCACUCAUUCCUGAGCUCUUCAUCCGAUUACACCGCACUCGGACCUCACAAAUCGCUUGCAUUCUCCGGUUUCGAUAGUGGCUUCGACGUAUGGCUUGCCAACGCUCGAGGAAACACAUUUUCCCGAGCACACCGCUCUAUGAACCCAUCGCAGAAGCAAUUCUGGGACUUCAGUUUCCACGAGGUGGCCACCCAGGACAUACCGGCCAUGAUCAAUUACGUGCUAAACGCGACCGGGCGCACCAAAGUUCACUACGUUGGACAUUCGCAGGGUGGGACCAACUUUUUGGCAAUGGCUUCGAUGCUGCCGGAGAUCAACGGGAAGAUCGGGAGUGCACAUCUGUCCUCGCCGGUGGCAUUCUGGUCCAGGAAUACGACACCGAUGAGCUAUCUGUACGAUGAACUGAUGUCGCUGAUUUCAAUUUUGGAAAGAAUCGGAAUGUACGAGAUUGGGGGACGGUCGCCGGGCAGUGUGACGCAUUACGUUGAAAAACUGGUCAAAGGGGGAUGCGUUCCCGAGGACAUGGUGAUGUUGGGAUUGGGGAUGGUGGUGGGAGAGCAUCGCGAAACGUUGAACCGGACCAUGCUGGAUACGGUUAUGAAUGUGUUUCCAGCGGGGGCUUCUUUGCGGCAGGGAUUGCAUUUUUUGCAAACCAUGAAAUCGAAGCGGUUCAGUUUGUACGACUUUGGGGAGAAAGAGAAUAUGGUUCGAUAUGAGAAGGCAGCCCCGCCGGAUUAUCCGUUGGAGAAAAUAACUGCUCCGGUGGCGUUGUACUAUGGGAUGAAUGAUCCUUUUGUGGCAAUUAAGGAUUUGGAAGAGCUCGCAGGAAAGCUACCGAAUUUGGUGCUUAAGCAGAAGAUGGCCGAUUGGAAGUGGAAUCAUAUAGAUUUUAUUUAUGGGUCUCACGGCAACGAGGCUCAUCAAGUGGUGAUCAAGUUGGUAAAGGAGCUUGAGUCGAAGUAAAUAUUAAUGUACUUACAGCUAAGUUUAUA